AUGAGUCCCGGGCACAUAGCCGAUCAUGAAUCGCGGCGUAUGGUGCACAGCCAUGCACAUGAAGGGGAUAUUCCAGGCACAGUUGACCUGAAUGCAACUGGAGACGACGAUGUCGGUUAUGGACAAGCCCUCUUCCCAGUACCGGCAGACGAUCCAAACGAUCCUCUUCAGUGGCCGGCGUGGAAGAAGAAUGCAAUUCUCGUCAUCUGCUCCAUAUAUUCUUUUCUCGGUAAUGGAUCCUUGACAGGACCAUCAGUCUAUAUCUCGAUCUAUGCGGAAGAAUUUGGCAUCUCUUCCACCACCGCCUCGGGCUUAAUUUCGUACCCUAAUCUUGCAUUUGGCUUUGGCUCUCUCUUCCUUGUGCCGCUAUAUAUGAAAAUUGGACGCCGACCUGUGACCUUAUUAUCAAUGGCAUUCUUUGUGGGCGGCUUGAUCGGUGCCUCCCAGGCUACUACAUAUGAAGGUCUCAUGGCUGCACGCGUUAUUCACGGCUUUGGGAGUGGAGUUUGCGAGUCUCUUCCCGUCCAACUGGUCAAUGAUAUCUUCUUCCUUCACGAAAGAGGAAAGAAGUUAGGAUAUUACACCUUUUGUCUCUGUUUGGGGGCAACAUGUCCGCUGUACGCUGGCUACAUGCUGGCGGGUGGAUACUCAUGGAGACUGUUCUUCUACGUCGUCUUAGCAUUUGCAGCUGCGCUCUUCAUCGCUGCCUUCUUCCUAGUUGAGGAAACUAGCUAUAAACGACCCGAGCCCGCGAUUUCACCUUCUCCUUCCAGGACUGAUGAAAAAGCCGAUGGGAUCAUUCCAACGACGACUUUUUCGCUACCUUCCCGCCGACCCUUUAUGUCAACCCUAAAACUAUGGAGUUCAAUUGAUCACGAAGCGCAGUUCUUCACUACCAUGUUUCGCUCUUUCACAUACUUUUUUGUGCCAGCCGUCUUUUGGGUUGUUGCGACUUUUGGUAUAUACAUCGGUCUCGGGGCUUUCUCCUUCAAUUAUGUGUUCCCAAUCAAAAUUACAGCGCCGCCGUACAACUGGAGCGAGACCAAUUCCGGGCUCAUUGCUCUCGCAACAUUGGUCGGAUACUCUCUCGCGCUUCCAUUUACUUCCACUUCCGAUCGUCUUGCAGCUUACCUCACGAAGAAAAACGGAGGCAUUCGCGAAGCAGAGAUGCGCUUGGGAGUUUUGCUAUUUCCAAUGCUCAUUUCCCCCGCUGGUUUGAUCGUGUUUGGGUUCACCGCACAACGCAACCUUCACUGGUUCGGUUACUUCGCCGGUGUCGCCAUGGACCAGUUCGGCUCAUACUUUUAUUUCACCUUUACCCUCGCAUAUGCCGUUGACUCGUACUAUGCAAAUACCUCUGAGAUGCUCAUUGCAAUGAAUCUUGGCAAGCAGGCUAUUUCAUUUGGCAAAGAACAAUCAAGCAUGUAG